GAGGGCGGGAGAGAGGGAGAGAGAGAGAGAGAGAGAGAAAGAGAGAGAGUGGGGAGGAAGCCAGCAGCGACCUCCUACCCGUCCCGGGAAACGAAGCCAUAAAAUGAAUUCCGACUCCAGCCCGAGCAGCAGAGCCUCUUCCCCGGACAUGGACGGCAUGUUUCUGCGCGACCACCACCAGCUUCACCACCACCAUCACGUGGGCUCCUCCGUGUCCUCGUCCACGCAGAGCGGAGAGCAGCAGAAGAUGCCCGGUGCUGACCUGCUGUCAGGUCGGUCCGGUGAGUCCAAAGGCGCUCCGGUGGGCAGCAGCAGCUCCAGCAGCUCCAGCAGCAGCAGCAGCAGCAGCAAAUACAAACUGAAGAAACAAGUCACCGAGGAGGAAAUGUACCAACUCCGCCUCAAGAUUAACGGCCGGGAGCGGAAGCGCAUGCACGACCUCAACCUGGCCAUGGACGGGUUGCGUGAGGUGAUGCCCUACGCGCACGGGCCCUCGGUGCGUAAACUGUCCAAGAUCGCCACGCUGCUUCUCGCCAGGAAUUACAUCCUGAUGCUCACCAGCUCCCUGGAUGAGAUGAAGCGGCUGGUGGGGGAGAUUUACGGCGGUCAGCACUCCGCGUUCCACUGCGGCACCGUGACGCACGCCACCGGCGCCGGCGGACACUCCGGCGGCGGCCCCGCCGCUGCAGCCGCCGCGGCUGCCGCUGCUGCUGCUGCCGCCGCCGCCGCCGCGCACCAGAUGCACCCACUCCUCGGGAGCGCGCUGUCUUCAUCCACGUCGUCCACGCUGACGAGCGCGCUGCCGGGACUGACGUCCAUGCGGGCGCCGCACUCCCUGAUGAAGGGCUCCCCGGCCGCGCCUCCGGGGCUUCAGCUGGGUUCGGGGUUCCAGCACUGGGCCGGACUGCCAUGUCCGUGCACCAUCUGCCAGGUGCCUCCUCCUCCUCCUCCCCACAUCCCUAUCACCUCCACAGGCCUCACGAGACUGACAGCGGAGAGCAAAGAGGGGAUGAAAUGAUGCCCGAGAGACUCGCAGAGACACAGCCAAGCUUGUAAAUAGAAAUUUCAGGGCAUGUGGGUGGAUUUGGCCUCAUUGAUGCAUGCGAUGUUCGUUUUCUUGUUUAGUGUAUGAGAAAAAAAAGUUAUUUUCUUCCUUGUAACAAGGACUUAUAAUGUUUUUUUAACCAAAUGAAAGGUAAAAC